AUGGAGCAACGCAUGUGCAAGUGUGGUUUGCAAGCGGAGUUGAAGACAUCUUGGACGGACAACAACCCUGCAAUGCGUUUCUUUCAUUGUUCGAAAGAUGCUAAGCCAUGUUCGUACUUUGAGUUUAUUGAUCCCAAGCCCACCUUGAUGCAAAGGAACUACAUAGUUAAAUUAAGGCGUGAACGAGAUGCAUUAGAAGCCGAGCUUAGAAUUAAAAAAUGGGAAUGUAACGAACUGAAAGAAUCUGAAGAAGUAGCGUGGGACAAGGCUGGGCGCAUUAUUGUGGAGAAUCACGAAAUGGAGGAUGAAUUGAAAAUUUUGAAGGAAGAAAUGAAACGAUUGAAAGCUAAAUGUUGGUGGAAGAAUCUUGUGCUAUGUGUUUUGGUUAUGUGGCUUGUUGUAGUUGUUGUUUAG